CGGAAAGCAGUAUUACAAAGGGCAUAUACUAACACAACUUAAUGGAUCAGUUAAAUUGCAAACUUUGCUAAGUGAACAAUAGCUUGAGUAUCUGACCUACUUGGGCCCAAUCAUUAAACUGGCUAGAUGAUUGAGCUUGAGAUUGGAAAUUUUUUUUUCACAAAAACCCAACUUAAUGCUAGAACGGCCCAAAUGAAGCCCAAUAAUAAAAAUUCGGAACUUUAUCUUUUGUUUUGGAAGAAAGAGAGAGAGAGAGUGGAAAAGAGGAUAACCCAAAAUGCCAACACUACAACUGACACCACUCUUACACUGCCGUUCAUCACUCCUUUCGCCGGAAAAUUCUCUUUUCCGGCACCGGGAAUUGAAGCUUCGAUGCUCCGAUCAACGCCAGGCGCUUUUUAGCCGCAUUGCUCCUGUUUACGAUAACUUGAAUGAUUUGUUGAGCUUGGGGCAGCAUCGUGUUUGGAAGCGCAUGGCCGUGUCUUGGAGCGGAGCAAAGAGGGGGGAUAGUGUGUUGGACAUAUGUUGCGGAAGUGGGGAUUUGGCGUUUCUUUUGUCCGAAAAAGUUGGCCUUGAUGGACAGGUGAUUGGCUUGGAUUUUUCAAGCAACCAAUUGUUAAUUGCUUCAUCGCGGCAGCAAGAAAGGUCCACUCUCUGCUACAGGAACAUAGAGUGGUUGGAAGGUGAUGCACUUAACUUACCAUUCAGUGACGCAAAUUUUGAUGCCAUUACUAUGGGAUACGGAUUGAGGAACGUAACAGAUAAAGAAAGAGCUGUCGAAGAGAUUUUUCGAGUUCUUAAACCAGGGUGUAAGGCUUCAAUCCUUGAUUUCAAUAAAAGCACGGAGCCUAUUACUGGUGUGAUCCAGGAAUGGAUGAUUGACAACAUUGUUGUUCCUGUUGCUACUAACUAUGGUCUGGCUGAGGAGUACAGAUACCUGAAAAGCUCAAUUCAGGAAUAUCUGACAGGAAAGGAAUUGGAGCUGCUUGCUCUUGCGGCUGGGUUUUCAGAUGCCAAAUUUUAUGAGAUUGCUGGCGGACUAAUGGGGAAUCUGGUGGUAACUCGAUAAGUGGGUCCUUGUCUAUUACAUCAUAGAUAUGGCAUUUUGAUGAAAUGGACAUACAUCAGUUAUGUGCAUUAUUCAAGUAGUGUAGUAUGAAUUACUAGCUUUGGUUUUACCUUGUCAUCUUUUUAUCUGUUUAAUUACAUACUGGAUAAUUUGUAAGUGUAAUGAGUCUAAUUAUUGGUUCAUAUGACUUCUUUGCUACUUGUCAAAUUGUCAUGAACCUGGAACUGAUUAACUGUGAAUAUGAUCUCUCAGUUA